AUGUGUGUAUUCGUCUACACAAUGACCCGCUGCGAGCACAAGCAGUUCCAGAACGUGAGCGAGUGCUCCGUUGCCCGAGGGGCCCACGAACAAGAACCCACCAACCGCGGCGACCUGACCGCCGAAAAGCCCGUCUUCCUGUUCGACACGAGCAAGAGCAUGACCUCGACGCCAGAGUACUACAAGGCCGCCUUCCCCUGCCGGAAAGUCAAGGCCAUCAGGCCGAUCCCGACGCUCUGCGACCAGUGUGCCAAGCGGGCCGAGCUGGCCGAGCGGCUGGGGCCGGUCGGCGCGCCCGGGAGCAGCAGCGGCAGCAGCAACAACAACAGCAACAGCACGGCGGGCUCCCCUAUGGGCCUGGCUGCUGGGAGGAGCGGUUCGCUCUCUGAUCUCACCAACGACUCAGGCGCAUCCACCCCGAGGUCGUUUUGGAAACUCGCACAUCCGAUCGAGCUCAUAUGA